AUGUCCGGCAAGGGCGCGAGUGUGGGCGCGCCGCGAACAGGCGUGCCCGGCGCCCCGCGCGUGCUGGUGUACGUGGCGGACCCGCGCCAGCUAGAGCCCGCCGCCGUGGCCCCUGAGCCGCCGCCCGCCGCGCCGCCGCCUCCGCACCUCGACUCCCUCUACCUCCCUGACAACUUGCACCAAGUCGCCAUCCCCAGGAACGCGCUCUAUAGAACUCCAGACGGUUCUGAACAGAGGAAUCAGACGAACACUGUUUUUUACAAAACCAUCAAUGAUACAGAUGGCAAACUUAGUGUUUUUAGUGCUUCGGAUAAUUUACAUCACCACUCAGAUUAUUUUUCAGUUUCCCAACAAUUCUUGAAGGACCCAAAUUUAAAAGUUGAAGAAUUGAAAGUGACGGAUAAUCAAAAUACAUUAAACUCUAAGCCUGACUCAGGGAAUACAGUGAAUCAAGUUGAGACAUUUCAGUCUAGGAUAGAGGCGAGUGAGCUUGCUACAUAUCAACGAUGUACAGGCCCUAUCGGUCCUGAAGGUGCUAUGCCACCUUUGCACCCGGUAGCACUGCAACAUGGCCAGAACCACUUUAGUGAAAGUGUUGCAGUACAUGCUGGGGGUGAAUGUUCCAAUUCUGGUGACAGAGAAUUGUCUAGGAGUUAUGUGAACUAUCAGUUUUUAGAACAAAGUGUAUCACACCAAUCAAUAGUGAAUCAAAGUAUUAGUAUAUUGAAUCAGCAAGUGGGUGUUAGUCGAGGUAUUAUCAGUGAAGGUGACAGUGGAAAUGCACCCCAACUAGUGCGGACUGCAGAUGGUGUUGUGUUAGCUGUGUUGCCAUCGCCUGUGGUGCCAGCAGUAGCUGAUAGUGCGGACCACACUUCAAGGAUUACUUUGAGUGAUAACACACAAACUAUUGUUGUGCCCUUAGGCUGGAGAAGGAUUAUUAAUGGCUCAUCAGUGCUGUACAUUAGUCCGAGUGGCACGGCGUUGAGCACCCUCCCACAGUUGCGGGACUACCUUCAGACGGCUGGCACCUGUAAAUGUGGGCUGCCCUGCCCUCUGAGACCUGAGACUGCAUUCAAUUUCGAUCCCAAGGUGGCCAGUAGACCUUAUCAGGGUAGUUCAGGAGCAGAGCUGACCAAACUCUGCAACCACAAGAGGAAACUGCUCGCGACACUGCAGGCGCGCGCGCAGUCACCCGGCACGCCGCCACCCCAGCACAUAGAACAGAAGAAAGUGUCAACAAGUGAAGUUGCAACAAAAAAGAAAAUGAAGAAAAGGCCCGGCUUCCCGCCUAACAUGACCGUAUCCCAACUCAUGGUACAGAGAGAACGACCCCUAAACGACUUUAAGCCGCAAGACAGCGAUCACAAUAGAACCGUCUCGCCCCGUGCGGGCCAGCCUCUAUCAGCCUUCCCGCCCGCGACACAAAACGUACUCAACGUCCCGCAAGACAAUGACUCCAAACAGGACACUCACUUACAAAGGACUUCCCACUACCUCACUGUUAAUAGCGGCUGGAUAACGCAGCAAGAGAAUCUAGACGGACAAAAACCCAACCAGACACCUUCAAGCUCACCAAGCCAACACAUGGGAUUACCCGUCUUAGGAACGAAUGGACAAGUCAUAGGAGUCAACACCUCCUUUAACAAACAAACGGCCAACUGCAAAAACGUUAUGGGUGUCGUACCACAAAACAUGGUUGAACAGGAAGCGAAAGAUGAAAAGAAAGACUUUCCUAUUCAACAUAGUGUGCAGCCUACGAAAAACUCAGGAAAGGAGGAGGAGUCCCAGAUAUUCUGUGGAUUGAACCAAGCCUUGACUCCUGAAGUCAUGCAAAAGAUAAACGAACAGCAGCAGAUUUUUAUACAACAAAACCAGAAGCAGAUAGAAAUGGCCAUGAAAGGUUACAGGUCGCAGUUAGCAGAAAACGUCAAUCAAAACAAAUCUCAAACGCAGAGUCAACAGUAUGUGCCUCAGGGGCAGUUAGUGAUACAAAAUGGUGCUGUGGUUAAAACAAACCCCGCUAAAACUCCUCCUUGGCAAGUGAAGAGGAACGAGUCUAAUACUUCAAAUCCCAUGGCUAGUCCUAAUUUAACACCUCACAAACCCGAAAGUGUAGAUUAUGAGGAGUCAAAUGCAAACAUAUCAGAAGAUUCUCUCAAUUCCUAUAAUUCAUUCCAAAAUAAUGAGCAUGUCUUGAACCAAGCGAUGUGUUCUCGUGUGCCACCGUUACCGCAACAUUAUAACAUGUUGAAUCAACAGUGGCCAAAUGUGGAGAUGAAUAAGAAAAAGGCUAAGAACAAUAGUAAGGCAACUAAAAAGAAAGCUUGUCCUGUUGAAAAUAAAGUUAUGUCCUUUGGUGGCAACGGCAUGAGGAUCAUAUCAGAUUUAAAAACUGAUAUGCCAAAUAAUAAUGUUCCGUCAUUUAUGGACGACCCAAGUGGAUAUUUAGCACAACAGACAGUGUUAUUAAAUAAUACUAUCAAUAGACAAGUAGGAAUUAAUACUUCGUAUGAUGCCAGCCAAUAUGAAGGGACUAGUAAUUGUUACAACUUACAAAAUCAGGGCGAAAAGACAUGCAAACCCAAUAACAAACAACGUUGCGAGAUAGCCAACACUUAUAGGAGUAAUGUGGUGCCAAACCCGUCACCUUCACCGAAUACCACUCCCGACAGUAGUGAUAAAGGGAUCGAUAAUACUGUAUCUCAAUGCUGUAAGGGGUGUAAUAUAUCUAUGAAGGGCAGCGGAUCAGAGUUUACGGAAAAUCAAAUGCGUCUCAAGUAUAUGAAACAAAAUGCGUACAAAAUGGAAUUAGACGCUACAUCUAGUCCGAAACAUAGUUUCGAAGACAACCCAGUGACGUCUUCCACGUUUCUAGACCGAAGUCCUAUGUUUAACGAAAACUGUGGACCGAUACAGGCAGGGACUGUAAGCACUAGUAAUGUUUCGCCUACAGAAACCUUACAACCACCUGAACCAUCGCCUACGCUAUCAAAUAGCUCAAGAAGUACAGACACUCCUCACAGUAGCGGCGGUAACAGUUCACAAAUGCAGCCGAAUUGCUCUUACCCGAUUCCAAGUCCUGCGUUUUCUAAUCCAGGCUCAUGCAAAGAUAAUUUCAACAGUAAUCCUUCGACACCCGGCGGACAAAUAUAUCCAUAUAAUUCACCAGGACCACCCAACAGUCAGUCGAUCGGAACACAAAUGAUGCAUUUCAUAUCAAAUCAUAAUGUAAAUAAAAAUCUAAUGGAAGUGGACAACAUAUCAAUGGUGGGAGUCAAACCUGCUUUGAAAUCUUCUCAAGAAGCUUAUAGAAUGGAAAUGAGGAGACGAAUGGAGAAUUCCAUGCCGGGUUAUUGCCCGCCUCCACAUCUAGGCGGGGGACCGGCACAUUCCUUAAUACAAGCUUGUUACGUUCAAACGUUUGUCACAACGAUGGCCAGUGGUUUCUCAGUAACUCGAGACACAGUAACGUCAGUUUUGGCUGGAAAAGCGAACACAGUUACGACGUCAAUAAAUGCUUCUCAAGCUAACUUUGUGCGGCCUCCACCUCCGCCAAGCGUAAAUUUAGCCACAACUUACGCCAUUCCAAACAACCAGCCUGAUCCUUUCAUAAACUCCGUCAAUUUACCUACCAGUUAUCCUUUACAUAUAGCCGGUACAACCGCCCAGAACAUGAUCUCAAAAUCCCCACUGGAGAUGGUUCAAAACGUGAUCGGUAGUUUGCCAUCAAAAUCUGACCCGAAUCAAUCACAAACUACGACGAUACCGCAAGCAACACGCAGACCGGGUCACACAACUCCGGGACAAAUCCUCAUAUCGUCUACUGGACAGAUUAUAGUAUCUAAUAGUCAAAUGCCACCUCCACCUCCUAAAAUAACUACUGCUGUAUCUCCGGUUCAAGGUUCGACUUCGGCAACGAAUGUUACUUCACCCGUGACACAAGUGGUUCCAGCGGGUGUCCAGCCUAUGGUGAAUCAACCGACAGUUGUUGUAAACACAUUACCAACUCCAUUUGUUAUACAGCCUUCGAUGAUGACCGUCGACGGACAAGUCGUUCAACAAAAUGCAGUUUUACCACAAAUUGUCACCGGUGGCAUAGUACAAGGUCAAUCACCAACUGAAAGUCCAAGACAAAUCGACGUUAAAAACACACAAAGCUAUAUGCAAGGAGUCGCAAUGUUAUCUCCGGAGAGUUUGAAGAAACGAAAUAAGAAAAAGAAAACACAGCCUGCCAAUAUAACAAACGUUUUGCAGAUCACAGCGCCUCAACAAAACCCUAACAGCCUUAUGGUACACCAUUCAUCACCACAGCAUAACACCAGUCCACAAUUUUCUCCUCGUGGAUUCCAAUUGUCACCUAAUAACAACAUUUCGCCCACGCCAAUGCUGCAAGCUUUGACUAUCGUUCCGGGAAAAUCUGGAACCCCAGCACACAUUGUCAUGAAUGGACAAGGCAAUACAAAUAACUUUGGAUCUCAACAAAUAAUAACAAACACGUCACCUUCACAACAGAUCAACUUGCUGCAACCGGUGAAUUUGAUAAAUAACGCGAGCAGCGUGAUGCCGAAUUUCCCGGCCUUCCAGCAAUUUUUAGUGCCUAAUUUGGGUGGAAUGGUCAUGACCGCAGACGGAACAGCUAUAAUCCAGGACAAUUCUACGGGAAUGCCAAUGCAACUACAACUGCAGACUGUUAACGGACAGAACGUUCUAACGCCUGUUCAAAACCCGGGCGUAUUCACCGCUGGAGCUAACGGUGGGGUCGUUAUAAGAGCUCAAAACCAGCAAGGGAAAAUAAUACAGUCGCAACAUAGUCCUGGAGCUCAAUUUCUGUCUCCCAACAAUCAAGUCAUGAUGAAUAGUCCCAACUUCAACGGGCAGCUCAGUCCGCUUUUAGCCAACUUGAGUCCGCCGAAUGUGACUUUCAACGCGAACCAACAAGUUCGCUCCGGGAAUGUUCAAGCGCAAGAAUUCGUGCAGACCAAUCAAAUGGGGCCAGUCAUGGUGCCGCUUUCUCCGAAACGAGUCUCGAUCGCGUCGUCCAACAACCGAGGUAACUCGACUUUCGUGCAGAAUACUACUAUAGUCCAACAGCAGACAACGCUCGUUUCUAAUUCUCACAACGCACAGAUAGCUUCUAAUUUACCGACACCGACGCGGUUGAGCAUUGACCCGAAUGUACUGCUCGCACAUAAUAACAAACAAAGCGCUUCCAAGAGAAACUUCACGGAGCAAGAGAACGAUAGAGAUAGAGAGGAAGUGAAAGAGGAAAAACGGGUCGUGCGCGCUGAUAGCGAAGGCCGGGAAGAUUACGCGAAGCUGAUGAGUGAUUUUGUCCGGCACUCGGUGUCGACGCAGACGUUGGCCCGCAAAUCGCCCGGUUCUGCCAGUAGUCCUCCGGAUACUACGACGCAUAGUCCCUUAGGUGCGUUAGAACCUGCUGCAAGUCCCCGACGCAAGCACUAUCCUGACACAACCACCGAAUCGCCAGAGCCAUCAGAUGCUAGUUCCUCGGCGAUGGUUCAAUGUGUAUCAAGUAGUGAACAGGAUAUGGCCGAAUCACGAGAACACACUUGGCCAACACCGAGAAAUGACUACAGUACCGAGAAUGAUACUCAAAAUAUGAUGUCCAAUGUGCCGUUAAUGCGACAAAAUCGCCCACAAAAUCCAGUGGAAUCUACAGAGGUGCUUUAUAAUCAAAAUAUAAACGCGCCCGCUUCUAAUCAACACAGUAACAUGCCAAUGACGUCAAACUACUACGAGCGUACAUUCACUAACAAACAGACUUACAAGAGAAAAAACGAAUUCGGCGACGGCAAUAGUUUCAGAACGGACAAAAUGAUGAGAGCCAACUACGGAAUGGUGCAUGGGUUGCCAAAAGAAACGGAUUACGACCAUAUUCCAAUAACAUCGCCGGAUAAAAGUCAGGCGAGGCAGUUCCCGCCAUCCGGGUCGAGCUCUGAUAAUUCUGCCAUGCAGAAGGUGUUUGACAGACACAAUUUAGGUUCCGGAGAUGAUGGCGGCGCGAGUGGUGGGCGCGGGUUCCGCGUGGGUGACCUGGUAUGGGGCCCGGUGCGCGGGCAUGCGUCUUGGCCCGGCAAGCUGGCGGCGCGCGCCGGCCCCGGUCGCUGGCGCGUGCGCUGGUUCGGAGCCGUCACCGCGCAUGCCGCGCCGACGCCCCAGGCGCGUCUGCUCACCCUUACCGAGGGGCUCGAGGCGCAUCACACCGCGCGCACCAACCGCAGGAAGAGUAGAAAACUAAACCAGCUUCUCGAAAACGCUAUACAAGAGGCGAUGGCGGAGCUGGACAAGAAAAGUGAAAAGGCGGACGAAGACGAAGAUGACGGCACCACCGAGGAGGCUACUGAUAGCGACCCCAUUGUGGAUACGCCGCAAAGGAGCAGGAAAGACAAAGGGAAAGCUAAAGAAAAAGCCAAGAGAGCAUCCAAACCUUCGUCGACUUUGACAAAGUCCGGCGAGAGCACGCGGCUGCGCAGCUCUCGAUGA